AUGGUGUGUGUGUAGGACGACAUGGCAAACGGAGGCGACCAGUUCGGCCUCGCUGAGCGUCCGGAUUCCAACUGCAUGGAUUCUCCCAAGGAGAAUAAACAGGACAAUCUCAGCAGCUAUAAUUUAAAAUCACCUGCUUCGCAACAGGCAAAUUCCAGUCAGAUGGGCAUGGAAGGAAUCAAAGUUUUCCUUCACGACAGGGAGCUUUGGACGAGGUUCGAUGAAGUUGGAACUGAAAUGAUCAUCACCAAAGCUGGAAGGCGCAUGUUUCCAAGUUAUAAGGUGAAGGUCACAGGUCUCAACCCUAAAACCAAAUACAUUCUCCUUAUGGACAUUGUGCCCGGAGAUGACCACCGCUAUAAGUUUGCAGACAACAAAUGGUCGGUCACGGGUAAGGCCGAACCAGCGAUGCCGGGCCGGCUUUACGUCCACCCGGACUCUCCUGCAACGGGGGCCCACUGGAGUCGCCAGCUGGUGUCUUUCCAGAAGCUCAAACUCACCAACAACCACCUGGACCCAUUUGGACACAUCAUUUUGAACUCCAUGCACAAAUACCAGCCUCGCGUUCAUAUUGUCAAGGCGGACGAGAACAACGGCUUCGGCUCGAAGAAUACAGCUUUUUGCACUCAUGUCUUUUCUGAAACCGCCUUCAUUGCUGUGACCUCUUACCAGAACCAUAAGAUUACUCAGUUGAAGAUAGAGAACAAUCCCUUUGCAAAAGGCUUCAGAGGCAGCGAUGACAACGAACUGCACCGCAUGGCCAAAUUGCAAGGUAAAGACUACCCUGUAGUGCCACGCAGCACGGGUCGUCAGAGAACGUGCUCCGCUGGAAGUCCCUUUGGCGGGGAGGUCCGCGUUCUGAGGGGCUCGCCCGAAGCGGCCGCGUCGCCCUACAGCUGCGAGAAUGGCCUGAGCGGCAGCCCUCAGACACUACUGGGGUCUCCAUCCGCUCACUACACCUUGUCUCAUCCUCAGCAUGUCCAGCAGUCACAACUUUACCACUGCACCAAGAGAAAAGCGGAGGAGAACUGCUCCACUGGGAACUGCCAGCAUCCAUUCAAGAGAGCCUUCCCUGGUAGCUCACGGAGCCCUGGCGAGUCCUACUACCACGCCGCCCCAUUCGCCCCUCCGGCCACACUCGCCCUCACGGACGCCACGUACGAUGCGGGACAGCGUCAGGCGUGCAUGUUCGCCGGCUCGGAAAGCAGACUCGACGAUCGCGGCUGGUCGUACGCCUGCCCGCUGCCCUCCGCCAUGACCCCCGUGGAGCCCUACCCGCCUUAUAACCCGCAUUCCGCCUAUAGCUCCAGCCCGCAGGGCUCUCGGCUCAGCGCCGCGGCCCAUCACGGCUCGCCACCGCUGGGAGAAGCCGUCGCUCACGAUCCUUACCAGAGGCAGAGCUCUGAAAACAUUCAAAGUAGGCCGCACAGCCCCCCCCUCCACAGAGAGUAUCCUCGCUUCACCCCCAACGUUUCUCCCCCUCUCUACCACACAUUGGAGACACAUGCACACAUCAGGUGCGGAGUUCCCGAAUGGACCGCCGCCUCCUGA